GGUGUUCCAACUCAAAAUUAUUAAAGGCUUGGUUAAGCCGGUCAGGAUUCAGGAGGACAGGAGCCACCGACCACCGUAAUUGGUCCUUUCGGUUGAUAUUUUUAUUUGGCCAAGUUAACGGAAUGGAUGAUCAAUGAUGGAUGCAUCGUUUCUCCGUCCAAAUUAAUGCCAGAGAUACCCACCAACCCGAAUACCCGACUAGGCUUAAACCAACGGGAUCGACUAACGACUAUGAUGCCGGACGGACAAGUCAAUCGGUGAUCGCCUUCGUGUUGCCACCUCAAACUCUUAACAAUUCAAAUUUCAAAAAUAGCAGAAAAGAAAAAGUGAAAAACAAAUGCGCCAAGCACCGAUGACUCGAUGACGAUGAGAUCCAAACCCGGGAAUUUGGAAAGUUCCCGCUUGCUUGCGUCAUUAUUAACAGGCACUGGCAGGAAACAAGGCGCAGCUACAAAAAGGAGCGCCACACGCUCGUCACCAUUUUCAUUACUCACAGAGGAUUUUUGACAUACAGAGAGGCAGAGGAGAAACGAUGAGAAAGGAUCUCAGCGACGAUCAAGUGGCCUCCAUGAAGGAAGCAUUUAUUCUGUUUGACACCGAUGGAGAUGGUCGGAUCGCAGCAUCGGAACUAGGGAUCCUGAUGCGAUCUCUGGGAGGAAACCCUACACAAGCGCAGCUCAAGGACAUCAUAGCUCAGGAGAAUCUUACCUCUCCUUUCGACUUCCCUCGAUUCCUCGAACUCAUGAGCAAACACAUGAAGCCCGAGCCCUUCGAUCGCCAACUCCGCGAUGCAUUCAAGGUCCUUGACAAGGACUCCACCGGUUAUGUUGCCGUUUCCGAACUCCGCCAUGUACUCACUAGCAUCGGGGAGAAGCUUGACCCCGCUGAAUUCGAUGAGUGGAUCCGUGAAGUCGAUGUUGGAUCUGACGGUCGGAUUCGCUAUGAAGAUUUCAUCGUCAGGAUGGUUGCCAAGUGAGAUUUUAAUAUACAAUCAAUACUCACCAGUUCACCCUAAUUAAUUGCUCCCUGUAGUUGGUAUGUUCUACUCUUUCUUUUUUUUUUUUUUUUUUCGUUUUGGGUUUUAGAAUUUAUUUGCUUUGCGGUGAUGGGUGUUUUCCCCCUUUUUCUGUUUGUAUUGUCAAUUUAACUAAUGGUGAUUAAUUGGGAGAUCUGGGACAUCUUGUUGUUGUUCUUGGCGCGUCCGCAGAGUUUAUCUGUGUUCAUAAUGCAUAGGCUUGUAUGUCCAUCCUUGUCUAAUUUGAGGGUAUUCAUAUAAUUUACAGUUUGUUGGCUUAUCUUUUUAUGGGUUUACGAAGUCAUGUAGAAUUGAGACAAUGUGGUUGAGUGAAAACUAAAUGCAGCAUUUUCUUUUUAA